UCAGGGGAGGAAACCAAACCUCGCUGAGCUGACUUCCACCAGGCGCUCCUCGUCAUCACCAUCCGCAUCCAGCAGAGGUACAGCCUCCAUCCCUCCAUCCCUCCAUCCAUCCUCCCGCAUCCUCGCUUCCAGCCUCGGAGGGAUUAAUCAUGUUUGUCUGAAGCCAGGGCUUCAGAUACCGAACACCCGCCUCUUUUGUUGAGCAGGAAACCUGCUUGGCCAUGAAUUCCGCGGAGCAGACGGUGACAUGGCUGAUCACGCUCGGCGUGCUGGAGUCGCCCAAGAAAAGCAUCUCCGACCCCGAGGCGUUCCUGCAGAGCUCCCUGAAGGACGGGGUGGUGCUGUGCCGGCUGCUGGAGCGGCUCAGCCCGGGCUGCACGGAGAAGGUCCACCCGGAGCCCCGCACCGACGCCGAGUGUCUCAGCAACAUCAAGGAGUUUCUGCGCGGCUGCGCGGCGUUCAGAGUCGAGCCCUUUGAAGCCGGAGAUCUGCUGCUGGGCCAGAACUUCUCCAAGGUGCUGAGCAGCCUGGUGACGCUGAACAAAGUGACUGCAGACAUCGGCGUGGGCAGCGAUUCGGUCUGCGCCCGCCACUCCUCCGCCCUCCGCAUCAAGUCCUUCGAGUCGCUGUCCUCGCAGGCUUCUCUGGGCCGCUCCUCCAAGCUGCUGCAGAACCAGUUCCGCAGUCUGGAAAUGUCAGAAAACAGCGGGCUGCAGCUGCUGGUCAAGGCGCGUUUCAACUUCCAGCAGACCAACGAUGAUGAGCUCACCUUCGCCAAGGGAGACCUCAUCAGCGUGACGCGCCAGGAGGACGGCGGCUGGUGGGAGGGAGCGCUGGGCGGCCGGACCGGCUGGUUCCCCAGCAACUAUGUCCGCGAGGUCAAAGGCUCCGAUAAACAAGUUUCUCCCAAGUCCGGCACCCUCAAGAGCCCGCCCAAAGGCUUUGACACCUCAGCGAUCAGCAAGACGUACUACAACUUGGUGUUGCAGAACAUUUUAGAGACGGAGACAGAAUAUUCCAAGGACCUCCAGAGCCUGCUGACUAACUACCUGCGGCCUCUCCCCAACAUUGACAAGCUGAGCAGCUCGGACGCUGCUCUGAUUCUGGGGAACCUGGAGGAGAUCAGCACCUUCCAGCAGAUGCUGGUCCAGUCUUUGGAGGACUGCACCAAACUCCCUGAAAGCCAGCAGAGGGUCGGCGGCUUCUUCCUCAACCUCAUCCCGCAGAUGAAGGCGCUGUACGUGGGCUACUGCUCCAACCACCCGUCGGCCGUGAACAUGCUCACCCAGCACAGUGAGAUAUUGGGGGAGUUCAUGGAGGGCCGCGGGGCCAGCAGCCCCGGGAUCCUGACCCUGACCACCGGCCUCAGUAAACCCUUCAUGAGGCUGGACAAGUACCCCACCCUGCUCAAGGAGCUGGAGCGGCACAUGGAGGAGGGCCAUCCGGACCGGCCGGACAUCCAGAAGUGCAUGGCGUCGUUCAAGCAUCUGUCUGCUCAGUGCCAGGAGGUCCGGAAACGCAAGGAGCUGGAGCUGCAGAUCCUCAACGAGAGCAUCCGGCUGUGGGAGGGGGACGACAUCAAGACGCUGGGGUCUGUGAUCUACAUGAGCCAGGUCCUGGUGCUGAGUCCGGCCUCCGAGGAGAAGAACGAGCGCUACCUCCUGCUCUUCCCUCACGUCCUCCUCAUGCUGUCCGCCAGCCCCCGGAUGAGCGGCUUCAUCUUCCAGGGGAAACUACCGCUGGCCGGGAUGAUGGUGAGCCGGCUGGAAGACUGCGAGGCCCAUAAAAACGCCUUUGAGCUGAACGGCUCCAUGUUCGAGCGGCUGCAGGUGACGUGCCUGAGCCAGCAGGACCUGCAGGACUGGGUGGAGCACCUGUCCCGGCAGAUCAAACACGCCGCCGCCACGGCGCCGAGCCACAAGCCGCUCACCGUCCCCUGCCACACGCUGCCCUCCCACCCCGUCACCCCGUCCCGGCACGGCGAGGGCCGGGCCAUGACGGUGGCCCCCACCUACCACACCCUGCCCCACCCGUCCUCCCACGGCUCCUCCCACAGCACCCUGAUCUGGGGCCCGCUGGAGCCGCCCAACACGCCCAAGCCCUGGAGCCUGAGCUGCCUGCGGCCGGCGCCGCCGCUGCGACCCUCCGCCGCGCUCUGCUACAAAGAGGACCUCAGCAAGAGCCCCAAGAGCGUGAAGAAACUGCUGCCCAAACGCAAGCCGGAGAGGAAGCAGUCGGAGGAGGAGUUCGCCCUGAGGAAGAGCACGGCUGCGCUGGAGGAGGACGCCCAGAUCCUGAAGGUGAUCGAGGCGUACUGCACCAGCGCCAAGACCCGGCAGACCCUCAACUCCAGACCGCGGCGGGAGGCCGGGCUGCGCGUCAUCAUCCCCGGGGAGGAGAGAGUUUUCCUGGACGACCCCAGCCGCAACGGACAGAGUUCCCUGGAGGAAAAGAGCCUGGUGGACGUGGUCUACGCGCUCCGGGACGAGGUCCAGGAACUGAAACAGGAUAAUAAGAAGAUGAAGAGGUCGCUGGAGGAGGAGCAGCGGGCGAGGAAAGACCUGGAGAAGGUGGUGAGGAGGUUGUUGAAGAGCAUCAACGACCCCACGUGGGACGAGACCAACCUGUGAGGCUCGUCUUCAUCCGGCCGGAGCUUUGUAGGAGGAGGAUGUGGACUUGAUGACACGGGGAAACAAACUGAAACUAAAGCGGGAAUGCAGAAGUGAAGGCUGGUUGUGAAGGUGAAAGCAGGAGUGACGGCUCGGAGACGAGCGCCGCCGCUAGUCCUCCCUCGCUGUGACGCAACGCUUCUAUCCCUCAACGACCUUCCAGAGGACAAACAUCCGUCAUCCGUCACUCCAUCAGUCUCUGCUGGGGAAGGAGGCGGCGGGAGGAGGACAGGACCGGAGUCCAGCGGUACAUAAACGGUACAUAGGCGGUACUUGAACGGUACUUGAACGUUGUCAGCGGUCACGACCGCCGGCGACGUUCCCCACGUGAAACCUUCCAUUUCAAAACGUUUCUCAUGUUAUUUAAUUUUUUUUUAUUGAAUCAUUUUUACUGGGAUAUUUCUGACACGGGGCUGAUCUUGGUUUUUUUUUUUAGCCUGGAGUGAACUUCCUGCCAGGAAACUUUGCUUUCUUUCUUGCCGUUUUUAAGUGAUUUGCUUCUUCUCGUCUUUAAUGUUUGAUCCUUUUUUGCAGUUUGUUUUUUUUUUAUCCUCAAGCAUCCCAAGUGAUUUGUACAGACUUUGAAUGUGUUACUGUAUAAUGUAAAUACUGCUAAGACAUGAGCCUUUUCCUCCAGGGGAAAUAAAUGAGUUGUUUG